GCCAAGUCACAACCAGAACAUCCAUCGCACUGCAGUCUUGCGCAGAUUCCUUGUGAUUAUUUCGGCAAAGAUAUAGCCAUUCGACACCUACAGAUACAGCACCACACGAACCGAGUGUUGAGAUCGACGACAUCCUCCUCGAGAGUUUCGAACGAGCGAUUGAUUGGAGUCGGAAACCAUCUGUCGGCUUUAGAUUUCGACAGAGCGAGAUUUCACCUCGAGAGAUAG